UCAAUAAGUGAACUGCCUUGUCCUGUUGUCGUCAGUAAUAGUACACGUUUAUAUAGCCAAUCAAUAUAAAUUUUAGACCAAAUUAAUUUUGAUAAGAUAUUCUUGCCUUUGGUGAUAUGUCCAGUAACUCUGGAUAGUUAACGGACGCUUUAUUUCUCUGUUAUGGAGUCUAUAAACCAGGUCAAUGUCAUGCACCUUCAGGAGUCUCAUUCCACAGCUCUGGAUCUGUCGGGGGGUUGCAGAGUCCUUUAAAGACAAACCCAAUGGAGGCUUUGGACCUUAUCAACCCCAACUGGCAUGCCAUUACCUCAGGAAAUAAGGUUAACAUCUCAGAAUCACAGUCAGGUAGGUACAACAUCACUCAGCCUUGCAAACCGAAUCCACCUGAUCACCCAGAACCAGCAUCAAAGCAUUGUGGGUCAAGAGCUUGUGGCGUGUCCUCCCAUGGCCCCUGCUCUCUGCCUUUACCACAGAUCAAUGGACUGCCCUCUGUGGCUCAGAUACUGUCUCAAUGCCCACCUACAGGCUGCAUGUUUGAUGAUGAUUGCCAUGUGGAAAUGGAUGGCAUGUUGACGCAAAAACGUAAGAAAGCAGAUUCCUUGUUAGAAAACAGCACAUUAGGAGAUCGGAUAGCACACAAUGGAUUAGAGACACUUCCACAAGAAAUGUACUUGAAUGACUCUCUAUCGUUCAUGUCACCAACUAAGGGAUCAUCGUAUUUAUCUCAGGACGCCAACGCUGCUGCAUACACACUACAUUCCACCAGCUCUGCACUUGCAAAAACUGCAGUUGAAACUCUGGCGUACGAAAGUACAGAUGCCAUCAAAAGAUCUCCAUGCUCAGAUGAAUACAUCUCUAGUAACGAUGAGAGUGACAUUGUUGAGGUGCCGAUAGCCAACACAGAAUGCAAGACACCUCCACAUUGUAGCUCCCAAUCUGGAAGUGUUAUAGUUCAUGAGAUACGCCAUGAAAGAGGAAAUUCUUCCUCCGCAAGGCAGGAAGUUGCCGGGUAUAGUCAAAUGGGCUGCUCUCCAGAAAAUGUGUACAAUUUCCAUGUCCUGGAUGAACCUGCUUUGGAAAAUGAGGUUAUUUAUGACUCCAAAUCCUUGCUGUCAUGGAUUGAAUCGGUCUCGAUACCACUCAUCCCGCAAGACAGUGAUCAAGACACAAAUUUUGCUUUUCCCAAAAUCUUCCCAUCUACCUUGGAUGCAGACAACCCAAGCGUCUUGAAGCCUUCACCAAGUGGGACAUCAUCUUCGCUGCCCAGCCGUCCACGGAAAACUCUGGCCUCAAAGAGUAGGAAACGAACCAAACCUAGGCCCAAAACGAGUACCUCAAAGAAGCGGGUGAGAGCUUUAACAGGGAACAAAUCGAAAGCAAGAACAACCAAGAGAAGAUGCAGAAAACCUCGGUCAUCAAUGACUUCAUCCAUGUUUUCUCCUCAAGAGCUGGAGAUCAACCUAAAAUAUGCUAACCAAAAAGACAACAAGAAAGAUGCCAAAUCAGACAGCUUUGCUCCCUACAUUCAAAUGAAGUUCUCAUCUUGCACCAUCAUCAACUUUAGGGAAGAGGAUGAUGCUUCAAUGAAGAAAGGUUCACCGCAGCUGACGGUCUCUGGUGUUAUUCCAAAGACUUUGUGUUUGCAACUGGGCCGUGUUGGGUGCAAUGCCAGGUUUCACCACAAGCAUCUCUGUUGCUUGUGUGGAAGGGCUCCAAAUGGUGAAGGCCUCGGGGACUUGUAUGGACCGUACUACCCCAGUGGAGCUCAGCCCUUGUGUAAGAGUGACAAUAGCCCACCCACUCGGAGGCAAGACCCCAACUGCAGUGACUUGGACUCUGUCUACAGUUUGGAAGAUGAUGGAAGCCAGUCCAUCAUAGAAGCAGAUCUUUUGGAAAUCGGAGCUAAACAGUCGAGGAAUGAGAACUGUGUGGAGAUUGUUGAGAAGUCUGGUGUCUGUAGUGAACGCUGGAUACAUGAGGACUGUAGCAUUUGGACGGCAGGUGUCUUUUUGGUUAAAGGGAGACUCUACGGAUUGGAAGAAGCCAUCUGGCUUGCGCAAGAAAUGGUGUGCUCAUACUGUCACAGAGUUGGUGCCACUUUGGGUUGUUUCUUUAAAGACUGCCCCAAUAAAUACCACUUUCCCUGUGCCCUGCAAUCGGACAGUGCACUCAAUGAGGAGAACUUCACUAUAAGAUGCCCAAAGCAUAAGAACAAAGCAUCCAGAAUGAGUGUUAGCAGGGUGAAGAACAGAUGACGUUUGGGAGGCAUUGAAAUACCAUGGAAAACUUUGUAGGACAUUUGGUAAUCAGUGGUAUCUGGCUGUGAAAUCAUCGCUAAUGUGUUUACAGAUUGUUCCAUCUGGCAUAUUUGAGCAUUUACAUUUGCUCACAGGCGGAUGAAUGUUCAGAGGUGGAUGGCCACUGCCUGAUACAAGUGGUACCCUCGGACAAUGCUGGAUGAAUUUCUCUGCAUUCCUCUGAUCACAUAUGAUGAAUUUAACCACUGCUGGUUAUUAAAAUAAUGAUUUAUGUCCAGUUCACUGCAGUUUACACAAGGCCAGUUAUCUCCAUCUGCUACAGGUUGAAUCAUAUAAAACCCAUUGCAACAUUGUGCAGAAUAAAAGAGCUUCACCUGACUAGAGUUAAAGAGAGUUUUAUUCAUUUGAAAGAACAAUACAACCAUCAUAAAGACACAGUAGAGCUUUUUCCUUCAUUUUCACUCUUUCAUGAACUCCUGCCAGUAACUUUUCAUUUAAAUUCUGUCAUUUUCUCACUCUCUUCUUUCUCUCUUUUGUGUAACACAACAAAGUUGUUGAAUGAUGACAUCAUUAAUUUACAUAACAUAUUUAACAUGAACUGUACAUUCUGAAACAAUAGUGUCAUUAUGACAUAAGACUGCUGGUAUUGUAUAGUAUGCACUAUUAUGUGAACAUAUUUAUUUAUGUUUAAUGCAUAUGUGUGUAUUUAUUUGCCAAUGAACAGCAUCAUUUGAGAAGACGGAGUGUGUUUUAGCACCUUUUAUAAAUGCAGUGAAGUUUUCAUUUGAUGUUUUUGAUGUGUCAUGGGAUUUUCCAUUUCACCUGCUGCCUUGUGAUGUCUCAAGUUCUCUUUUAAUAAAUGCUUUUACAGUA